CACGAGCCUACGGAGGACCCCAGGUUGGCCGACAAACGGUUUAGUCUUCGGGUACUCGUGCAUGCUGCCACACACCAGCAAGACGACGGUUUUGCAGUCAGAGUCGGUCGUUCAGAGGAUGUUCUCUCCCCGGGUGGGUGUCGUCAUACCGUGUCACAAAAAACCCCACCGCUUGGACGGUGUUGGAUGCCAGCAGACAGAUGGGUGUAAUUGGGCCAACUUCCGUCAUUGAUUGGUUCGAAUUGAAUUCGGCGGGCCCCGUGUAGUGUGUAGUGUGUGGGUGUGUAGUGUGACAAGGAAGGAUUUACUGAUUGAGGCGAAUUAGAUUCCCAAAAACGGCGGAGCGAGUCCGACCGUCCGUCCGUACGUUCGAAGGGCCGUGAUGAAAUGUGAAACAAAAUCAAUUUCUUCGCUCGGAAAUGGGAGUGCUACAUUGUGGAUCCUGUCGGAUGACGACAGUGAGAAAUAAGUUUUGGAAAAAGUGACGGAUGCUGGAGUUUGGUUCUCACCGAUUUUCUCUCCGUCUCUCGCGGUGCGGUGAUUUGAUUGGUGCGAGUGAUGUUGUUAGAAGUGAAGUUAGUCAAGAAGCUGUAGGUUUUUUUUUCGACCUGCUGUGAAACAUUCCCGUUCCCGGCCGGUGAUAAGGAAUUCUCUAAAGUCGGUUUUGUUGGUUUGCCGACCGAUGGAUUAGUGCAGCAUCCAAAAGCGAAGAAAAACCCCGUGUCCAGUGUUGUGCGUGUUCGUAAGUGUGUGUGUUUUCAACGUGCCAAAUGUCAAAAGAAUGGUGGAUGUGGUGAGUGUGUGAUGAGGGUGAUAUUCUCCGGAGCAGAAAAAACUCCACUUCACUCUGCCUCGGGUCUGCGGAAAAGUGUUGACGCGAGAGAAGCUGGAAGCAGCAGAACACACUCAAUCAAACCAGUGGCCAGAACCAGUGUUAGGGGGGUAGAAAUAGUAAAAGUUUGCCCACGGUCGUGAGUAGAAGAUUGGGCUAGGUCAGCGAGACCUAAUUCGAACCGAGCGGCGAUUCUGAGAAUCGCUGCCAGUGCGCGGCGGGCCAAGUGACCAUCGAUCCUGGGUGGGUUCGCCCGGUGGUUGGUUCCCGGAAUGGUUCGAAUCGAAAGCCGCCAGUGUGCGAAGGGUGAAGCGUAAUCGAAUAUCUCAAGUGAGGGAGAAAUAAAUCCACCUACCAGAGAAUGGUACUUCAAUAGAAUAGAGUCUACCAUUCUACGAAACCGCAAAAUCCGUUCGAGUGCAAAAACACGGUUCGGCUCACAUAUCGAAGGAGUUUAUUUGUUUUUUUUUCGCUCUGUGCAGAUUGGUUUGUGUUCUAUCUUUGCAUAGAACACGAAAAAAAAAAGCGAGUGAAUCCACUUAGUGCUGUCGGAAAUGAUGUGAAGUGAGGAUUAGCGAACAAGUUGGCAGUAAUAAACACAGGAUUAUCGUAAGACAUUUAGCCGAGUCGGACAGGACUCAGGUCGGUGGUAGUCGGUGUCAUCGUAAUCUACACUGGAAAGCCCGACCGUCGUGCUGGAAAUUCAGGAACAAGUCGUUCUAGUCGUAGGAACCUAAUGCAUGCUUUUUGCAAGGUUCCAGAAAAUUCAUUUCGCAGUAGCAGCAGCAGCAGCAGCAGCAGAUUCAAUUAACCUCGUAACCAUUUCCAUCAUCACAACCGGGCUUCUUUGCUGUGGAACACUUUUCCUUCCUCCCCCCGGAGCUUUCGACAAGGUUCCAAGAAUAGAAGAAAAAAAAACAUCAGAGCUCUCUUCAUCAGCAACUGCAGACAGCCAGGUGCAUUAGUCGAAGUGUUCAGUUCAAACCAUCCACCUGACUUCCAUCCCGCCAUCUGGCCAGUGCCGGCCAGGAUCCAGGAAGAAGAACUCUGAUCCAUAAUAAACGCCACUUGAUAUCAGUUGCCAGGUACCAGCUCACUUUUUGCUGUAGACAAGACAAGACAAACAAACACCAGAGUAAGGAUUAUCUCUUCUGCACAACAUUCCUCCGCCGCAGCCUCAACCGAAUUGUGCAAAGCAGACCAGAAUCAUGAGGGUGGUGAGCUUUACUAGCUAAUAGUGCCCAAACGUCAGAAACAGACGAACAGAGAGAGAGAUAGAGAGAGAAAGAGGCUGCUUUGCGGAAACUGUUGCCGGUAACAUCAUUGCGAAGGCAGUUGAUACAGGACUCCUACACUCUACCGACUUCAGUUACCUGGGCCGGAUCACGCUGCACGCUUGUUAGCAGCCAAAGCCGGAUCAUCAGAUACAGACUCAUUUUCGAGCUUGUUUAUGGUACUAAUAAAUGGCCACAUGUUCACUGAUUGUACUGCUCUGCUCUACUCGGCCGGUUUGUGUGUGUGUGUGUGUGUUUGUGUGACGUGACUGGGGCAGACGUUGCUCCUUAAGAGCCAGGAACUUCAGUGUUGGCAUUCUUUAUUGGCAGUCGUUAGAUGGACAUAAAUACUGAACCCAUCCUGCUGUAACUGACUCACUCAAGCGCACACAGGACAACAACACAGAUCCAUCCCACUCUGCACUCCCCGCUUCCAUUGCGGAGGAAGCUCUGGAAUCUAAUAAUGAAGUGAAAUCGAUUGUAUGUCUCGGUCGUCCCUCCGAUAAAAAAAAAAACAAACAAAACGAACUGCUACUGCCACUAAAGAAGUGUACAUUUUUCGCUCUCUCCAAACUACCCUAGCAAAUGGGAUGUUCGCCGGAAAGUGAGGGACACAAGCUCGGAACAAGUGGAAUGCAAUCUAGAAACUACAAAGUGAUAUAUCCUGGCACUCGUUAUUCCGAAAUUAUGUUCCAGUACUCGCGAUAAAUUCUUCGCUUCCCGGAAACGAACAGCAACGAAAUGGCAGUUCGCGAGUUAAAAUUUCUUGCUAGGAAGUGAAAAACAGGUUAGACAGGAUGUGUUUAAAGUAAAACAUUUACAAAGAAAACAACAGAAAAAAAAACCUACGCAACGAGAUGAAAGAAAAACACUCUUCCGGCAGGCCAUAUCUUAAAGAGAGAAAGCUAAACACUGGGAAGAGUGUUUCCUACUUGAAAAUCCGAACGAAAACCGAACAAGAAGAAGAAGAUGCAAACUGGAACGGGAAAUGAACGAACAGCUAAGAGUGUACGACAGCACUUGACAGUUCAAGUUUCGUUCCGUUCUCAGUAGCGGUUUGUGUGCAAAAUACACAGAAGCAAACUAGUUUAGGCCCGGAAACAAACCGGAAUGCACCCGACAAAGCAAGGGAAUUAGAAAUCGCUGAAAAUCCCUUAGUAAAAAUAGUUUCUAUGUGUGUGUGCGUGUGUGAAGUGUGUUAACAAAAAUAGUAGUGAAUUAAGUGGUGAACAAUGUAAAUAAUAAGGAUCACCGUGACGACCCUUCCGAACCUGCAUUCCUGUUUCUACCGGGGAACCCGCUACCACCCAAAAUUCGAGGACAAUGUUCGUCAAAUUCCAAUACUACUGCAUCAUCUACUUUCUGCUGGUGCGGCACCUGAACGGUUCCACGAUGGAUCUGUACAAAAACUCCCGGCUCAGCCAGCGCAUCGUGCAGACCCGGUACGGCCGGUUGCAGGGGCUGAUACUGCCGCUGGAGAGCUACAAAUUCCUCAAACCCAUCGAAGCGUUCCUGGGCGUCCCGUACGCCACGCCGCCAACCAAAAUGAAUAGAUUUAGUCCAACCCGAACGCCAUCGCCGUGGGACGGCGUCCGGAUAGCCGAUAAGUUCAGCCCGGUAUGUCCCCAGCGGCUGCCGAAUGUGAAUAACGAAACAGCAGCUUUAGAUAAAAUGCCAAAAGGACGACUAGAGUAUUUGAAACGUUUGCUACCUUUUUUAAUAAACCAGUCGGAGGAUUGUUUGUACUUGAACGUAUUUUCACCUGCACAUGCCGCUCAAAGCGACAGAAAAUUACCUGUUGUAGUAUUUUUACACGGAGAAUCAUUUGAAUGGAACAGCGGGAACCCGUACGAUGGGACCGUGCUGGCCAGUUACGGAGAAAUAGUUGUAGUUACACUGAAUUAUCGAUUAGGAAUUUUAGGUUUUUUAAAUGCCAAUCCGAGCCCCGAAAUACGAGCACGAGUGGCCAACUACGGCCUGAUGGACCAGAUGGCGGCCCUGCACUGGGUUCAGCAAAACAUUGCCAAGUUCGGAGGGGACCCAUCGAUGGUAACCCUCGCCGGUCACGGAAGUGGUGCCGCGUGUAUCAACUUCCUAAUGACUUCGCCGACGAUGGUGCCCGGACUGUUCCACCGGGCCAUACUGCUGUCGGGGUCAGCUUUCUCAUCCUGGGCGUUGGUCGAAGAUCCCGUGAUAUACGCCCUGCGGCUGGCAAAGGAAGUCAAUUGCUCAAUACCGGAAGAUCUGAUCAAAAGUCACGAGGAGAUCGUGGAUUGUUUGCGAGAUGUUCCGCUGGAGGAUCUGUUCGCGGCGGACAUUCAGCCACCGAGCUUCCUGAGUGCGUUCGGACCAUCCGUCGACGGUGUAGUGAUCCGACCGGGCCGGACAAAUCAAGACAUCGACGAAACGCCCAUCCGAGGAACUUCGAAGCGAUCGCAAGGAGCUGCCGGUCGCUAUGAUCUGCUGUUCGGAGUCGUAACGGGUGAAGCUCUGUGGCGAUUCAGUGCCGUUGACAUUCAGAGUGGUUUCGAGGGUGAACGGCGGGAUCGGAUUCUGCGGACAUACGUGCGGAAUGCGUACACCUACCACCUAAGCGAAAUCUUUUACACCGUCGUGAACGAGUACACGGACUGGGAACGGACCAGUAUGCAUCCGAUCAACACGAGGGAUGCCGCCGUAGCGGCCCUGUCGGAUGCCCAGUUCGUGGCCCCGUUGGUGCACACAGGAGACAUGCUGGCUCCGCCACCGCCUCUGCCCGGUCAGGAACCGUCCGGGCCGAAGUGUUUCUUCUACGUGUUCGACUAUCAAACCAAAGACGGCGACUAUCCACAACGAAUGGGAACGGUCCACGGGGAAGAUCUGCCGUACGUAUUCGGGGCUCCACUCGUGGACGGUUUCAAUCACUUCCCGAAAAACUACACCAAAUCGGAGGUGGCCCUGUCCGAGGCGAUCAUGAUCUACUGGGCGAACUUUGCCAGGACGGGGAACCCGAACGAGCACCACCGGCAGGACUCCAUCCUGUCGGCAUCCAAGGAGCGCAACCGGUUUCGCAGCAUCAACUGGGACGAAUACGAUCCCGUCCAUCAGAAGUACCUGGAAAUAGGCAUGAAACCACGCAUGAAGAAUCACUUCCGAGCCCACCAGCUGUCGAUCUGGCUCCGGCUGAUACCGGAACUGCACAAAGCCGGCAUGGAGGACGUGGUUGCGCGGCACAAUCUGUUCAAGAACCACGACGACCAGGAUAUCUACGAGGGCAUCGUGAAACCGAACGGGCUGUCCCGAAUGUCCUUCCUCGAGCAGGAGAACGUCAAACGAAGAGGCAUGAGUGGACCCCAGUUUGGCCAUUCGGUGCACAGCAAUGCUGUUGGUAUGACAACCGUGGAACCAUCGCUGUUGACCACCUGCAUGCCGGUGGCAAACUACACGGCCUACGCUCAGCCCACCGCCCUGGUGCUGAAUGCCACCAUGGAUACGUUGGCGGGACUGGAAGCGGCCGGAUAUGCGGCAUACUCGACGGCCCUGAGCGUCACCAUCGCCAUCGGAUGCAGUUUGCUCAUACUGAAUGUGCUGAUCUUUGCCGGAGUGUACUACCAGCGGGACAAGACCCGGCUCGAGGUGAAAAGUUUGCAGAAGCAGUAUCAACAGCGAAGUGGAAUGCACCAGCAGGGGCCGUUUGAUCCGAUUAAGCACGCCCACUAUCACCUGGGUCACUCGCAGUCCGCCAACGUGAUAGUGGACGUGGAAAACCACGACACCGGUGCACUCAUCCUGGCCAGCGACGUCAAAUCCCCGCACAUCUGCUCCAACUCGAUGCAGAUCAAUGUGAUGAAGAGCGGAUCACCGGGCAACGAUGGACGCAGUGAUGGUGGUGGUGGUGGUGGUGGCGGUGACGGUGGCGGAGGUGGUGGAGGUGGCGGUGGAUGUACGGUCCCAUCAGGUCAAACCACAAAUAAUGCAAAAAUCCCACUGGCUAAUAACACUUCGUACAAACCACGCACCGAACACAUUACGAUACCGAUCAAAAAUUCCACCUUCACCGGGGGCACCGGGAUGAUGACGCUGCCCAAACCGGGCACCGUGCACAUACCGAUGAGCUACAAUCGCAACGAGUGUAUGACACUGCCCCGAAAUACCGGCAUCAACGCGUCCAGUAUGACUACGGAGGCUCAACAAAUUAAACUACCGCCAAACGGAACUGCCAUCGGGGUCCACAUGCGCUCUAACGCUGCGACUGCUACCCUCGGCAGGCCACAAUCCUGCAGUUCCCCGGAGAACCGGUCCCUGCACGUCUCAUCAUCUCCCGCAUCGACGCAACAUCCGCCUCCGCCGCCGUCAAGCGGUCAUCAGCACACACACCAACACCAGCACCAACACCACUCCCAUUCCCAUCUGCAACAGCAGCAGCAGCAGCAUCAUCAGCAUCACCAUCAACAGCAGCAAGAUACCGGCGGAACACAGCUCCAGAACCUGAAGGGUUGCCCCCAGCAGCUGCCUCACGCGGCCAUGAGUGAGAUGCGUGUUUGAUUGCACUUUACCCGCGGGUGACCCCACAAUCCGGAUGAUGGUGAAAUUGUUUAAUGUUCUGUUUGUUGAUCCUGUUGUUACACAUACACACACACGUGCUACAUAGUACGACAAUUUCUGCCAGGGGGACACCACUGUCACUCUGGGCACUCAUUACUGACUGGUGCUCUUUUUACUGCUCUUAGACGCUGCAUCGUCAUCGCCAUCCCGGUUCCCCAUUCAGGUUAUGUUGAUUGAUUGUUGAUGUUUGUUAUGUUGUUUUAUGGAUAAAAGCGAAUCUACCCCAUGGGCCACAGUAGGAUUAGGAGGACCGGGACAGGAAAGGAACUGUCGAUAUCGGUUGGUUCCAUCAGUUUUAUCACGAUGUUCGUCGGUGUGACAGGUUGCCAUCAUUAUCGCGGGGUAGAGAGGGAAAACCGGUUGUUAUGGGAAUGCUACCCGCGGGGAUUAUUUGAUUAGGAUCCAAGUAAUCCAUGGUCAAAUGUUUCCUGACGAUCUUAUGCAGAACCGAAAACUGUCAUGUGUUUUGUUCGUUUUUUGCAGUCUCAUUCGCUUUCAAAACAAAUCAUCGAUUCUCGAAGUUUCGGUUGGUCAAAUAUCGAUAUUUGCACAGUAUACGGUAGUCACUGCAAAAACGAUAACAAUUGAAAGAGAAACAAAAGAACGAACGCUAUUUUUUCGCUUUGUCGGUGACUAACAACAUAGAUCUCGUUCAAUCCAAGCUCAAAAAUUUUCAACGGACUACUCCUCCUACGAAAAAAACGAUGAUUCACUGAGAUUUUGCAAAAUUUUAUUUAUUGCGAAAUAAUAUAACAAGACCUAUUCUAAUACCAUGUUCACAUUAGCCCUGAUAUCAAGUGAUAUGCGGAUAUACUUGAUAUCCGAUGAUAUAAUGUGCGAUAUUACAUGAUAUCCCAUACAAUUUGAUGUCAACGCGUAUCAUCAUUUUGGCAUGAUAUCCGGGAUAUCAUGUACGAUAUCAUGUCGAGUUGUCAAAAAUUCCAACUAGCAACACGGAUAAUGGCAUUGAACGCACUCAUUUAUGGACGUCACUUCGAGAAUGAUAAUAAACAAUCAUUAUAAUUUCAAAUUUUUCAAUGAAUACUAGCGUUCGGAGACAUUAAAUGCAAGACUUCAAUUAUUGAUUGAGUUGUAUGAGAGGAAAGCACUAUUAUUGAUCUUACUCCUAAUGGGAACAUUCAAUAUGACAACUUGAUUGUCAAACGAUAUCAUUUCGAUCAUAUGUGAACACUUCCACGUGAUAUGCAUAUCAUCUCGGUAUAUCAAGUGAUAUAAGCGCUAAUGUGAACAUGGUAUAAGGCCGUAGACCAUCUCGCGAAUUAUUUAAACUAUUAGGGCAUAUUCAGGAGUGUUCUAGUUCUAGAUACACAAUUUAUGUCAGAUUUAAGAUUUAAAUCUAGAAAUUAUAACAAAAUAAACUGGCAGCCCCAUCAGCGUUUUAUCUGUGUUUCAUAUAUAGAAAAAAUAGAACGGCAGUGUAUACCAGUUUUAAAUUUGACAGUAGAACUGGUCGAAUAAAUAAAACUAAAACGGAUUGCUGGGGAUACGUUUGUUUCAGUUUCAUUUACAUUAUAGACCACUCAUAUGAAUCUUGCAGCUGCUGAAUUUGCUCUUAGUCAAAAUUUGACAGUCGAGCAGUUGUUUUUUUUUUUCGAGUAAUUAAAUUUAACUAAAACUGCGACCCAUUUCAAAGUCCACAUUACCAGAUCCGAAUGGAUUCCGAAUCGGCGAGAAAUUUUUUAAUUCAGAAUUUCAUGUGGAAAUCAUAAUGAAUUCCGAAUCAAUUCCAAUUCUAAUGCAACAACCAAUUCCGAAUGAAAUAUGUUAUCUCCAUCAACCGGGUCGUUCGGAAGUCAUUCAGAAUCGAGUAUGAAAAGCGAAAUGAAUUGACGUUUCAAUUUCUUCUUCCUGAUUUCUUUCUGUUUUGUUUUGGUAUGAUAUACACUGAGGUUUUUUUUUAUGCGGUCUUUUUUAUGCGGUUUUUUUACGCGACUUUUUUUAUGCGAAUUUUCAGAGUUAUGCGGUUUUUUUUAUGCGAAGUUUCAGAGUUAUGCGGUUUUAUUUUAUGCGAAUUCUCAGAGUUAUGCGGUUUACCCUUCUGCGGUCUUUUUUAUGCGAAGUUUCAGAGUUAUGCGGUUUUUUUUAUGCGAAGUUUCAGAGUUAUGCGGUUUUUUAUGCGAAUUUUCAGAGUUAUGCGGUUUUUUGUAUGCGUUUUUUUUAUGCGGUACGAAAAUUCGCAUAAAAAAAGACUUCAGUGUAUAUAAUAAAGCAAAAUAGGAUUGCAUUUCAAUGAAUGGUAAUUUAAAAUAAAUUCAGAAUAACAUGGAUCUGUCUACGUUGCGGUCGAAUCCAAGAUUUUCAUUGGAAUUGAACAAAACAAAGUGAGGUUAGGAAGAGAAAUUCAUAUUAUAAAAAUGUUCUUAAUUCUGCUAAAGACUCUUAAGUGGUGGACUUAUAUAUAGUUCCAUAAUCAAAAUGUACCUUUGAAGCCUUUGAACUAGAAACAGAUAAUUCGCACUUAUUAUUUUUCCAACCACGAACACAAGCUUUUUUACUUUUUUCACAUGUAGUUAAUGACGUUUAAUACAGUGGCGUCAGGCGAAAAUUCUAGCACUGAACCGAUCGAGCACUGAAAAAUCAAGUAGUCGAUUAAGAAUUCAUUACUCAUUCCGUCAUUUCGAUAAUGUGGGGUAUGACGGAUCCCACAUUAUCAGAUCCGAAUGGAUUCCGAAUCGGCGAGAAAUUUUCAUUCGGAAUUCCAUGUGGAAAUCAUGUGGAAGUUAAAUCUGAAUUUUAUAACCAGAAAAACUGACAGCCCCAGCAGUGUUUUACUCGUGUUUCAAAUAUACUGGAAGAACUGGUCGAAUAAAUAAAACUAGAUCGGCUUGCUGGGGAUACAUCUGCUCUAUUAUAAAUCUUCCAUACAGAACUUCUAGCUGCUGAAUUUGCUCUAAGAGCCGGUCUUCGAUGCCGUUCUAUUUUUUGAGUAUUUGAAACACGAGUAAAACACUGCUGGGGCUGCCAGUUUUUCUUGUUAUUAAAUUCAGAUUUAAAUUUUGUAACUGACAUAAAUUAUGCAUCUAGAACUAGAACACUCCUGAACAAGGCGCCUAAAUUUUACACUAACACAUUCAUAAAUUGAGCGAAUAUUCAAUGACAUUUAUAAUGUCACUGUCAAUCGGGUUGAUCGAGCAGCCAAUACAGGCGAAAAUUAUAGCACUGAACCGAUCGAGCACUGAAAAAUUAUGCAGUGGAGUAAGAAUUCAUUACGAAUUCCUUCAUUUCGAUAAAGUGGGAUGGAAUGUUAUUUGGGUUCCUUUUACACUGAAAAUAAAAUGAUACCGAGUGAUAUAAUUAUUGCAAUGCAGAGAACGUAAGAACUUCGAGAAAAACUUACGCCAUUUGACAAUUUAUUGAAGCUUUCCAUUGGGACAUUUUAUACUAAAAGUAAAAGAAAAUUUAAAGAAAGAAAUUUUUACUAAAUAUCUGAAAAAAAAAUUCAGUAUCGGAAAAUAAUUAGCGAAUUGUCCAAAAUAACCAUGCUUUCGAGCAGGGUUUGUUUUUUGACAACGACAAAAUAAAUGUUCGACUGUCAAAUUUUAAUUAAACGUUAAAAUAACUCGUGAGUUGGUCCUAAGCCUAAAUAUUAUUAGUAUGCCUCAGUGCCGCCGAGAGAAAUUUUGGGCCCGGAAAAAUAUGAGAAGAUUUCUAAAAACUUGUGGGCAUCAUAAUAUUGUCGAGUCAAGAAGUUCGACAAAAUAAAACAAACAAAAUGAGUCACAUUACAAAGGUGCUUUUUUUUCAAUAUUCUUUUGCUAUGAAGGGCUUGGAGAAAUUAAAAAUUUUAAAUAAAAUUUUUAAAAACAUAAAUUUUAGAAUAUCCGGGCCCCUGAAAAAGGCCUUUUUCAGACGAAGGCCGUUUUUCAAGCGAAUAUCGAUUGUCAGGUGAAGGCCGUUUUUCGGUCGAAGGCCGUUUUUCAGGCGAAGGCCGUUUUAGGCGAAGGCCGUUUUUCAAGCGAAUAUCGAUUUUCAGGUGAAGGCCCUUUGCCAGACAAAUGCUUUUUUCAGGUAAAUGCUAUUUUUCAGUCGAAGGCCGUUUUUUAAGCGAAGGCCGUUUUCAAGCAAAGGCCGUUUUUUUCAAACGAAGGCCGUUUUCAGAAGCAGGCCGUUUUCAGGAGCAGGUCGUUUUUCAAGCGAAGGCCGUUUUCAAGCAAAGGCCGUUUUUCAAGCGAAGGCCGUUUUCAGGCGCAGGCCGUUUCUCAAGCGAAUACCAUUUUUAGGCGAAGGUCGCUUUUCAGUCGAAGCCCGUGUUUCAGACGAAUGCCUUUUUUCAAGCGAAGGCCGUUUUUCGGUCGAAGACCGUUUUUCAUGCGAAGGCCGUUUUUCAGGCGAAGGCCGUUUCAGGCGAAGGCCGUUUCAGGCGAAGGCCGUUUCAGGCGAAGGCCGUUUUUCAGACGAAGGCCGUUUUUCAGGCGAAGGCCGCUUCUCAAGGCGAAGGCCGUUUUUCAAGUGAAGACUAUUUUUAAGGCGAAAACCUUUUUCAAGGGGAAGCCCGUGUUUCAGACGAAGGCCGUUUUUCAGGCGAAGGCCGCUUCUCAAGGCAAAGGCCAUUUUUAGGCGAAGGCCGUUUUUUAGGCGAAGGCCGUUUUUCAGGCGAAGGCCGUUUUUCAGGCGAAGGCCGUUCCACGCAAAAGUCGCUUAAUGCGAAGGUCGUUUCGCAGAGAACCGUUUUUGAGACAAAGGCCGUUUUUUAAGGUGAAGACCGUUUUUCAGACGAAGGCCGGCAUUCUCGGACAAAGGAUAUUUUUUAGGCAAAUGACGUUUUUUAAGCGAAUAUAGUUUUUUUUAGCCGUUUUUCAGGCGAAGGCCGUUUUUCAGACGAAAGCCGUUUUUAAGCGAAUAUCGAUUUUCAAGUGACGUUGUUCAGACAAAUGUCUUUUUCAGACGAAUGCUUUUUUUUUGCCUAUUUUUCAGGCGAAGGCCAUUUUUUAAGCGAUGGCCGUUUUUCAAGCGAAGGCCGUUUUUCAAGCGAAUAUCGUUUUUCAAGCGAAGGCCGUUUUUCAAGCGAAGGCCGUUUUUCAAGCGAAUAUCGUUUUUCAAGCGAAUAUCGUUUUUCAAGCGAAUAUCGUUUUUCAGGCGAAGGCUGUUUUUCAAGCGAAGGCCGUUUUUCAGACGGAAGCUGUUCUUCAGGCGAAGACCGUUUUUCAGACGAAAGUCAUUUUUCAGGCGAAGGCCGUUUUUCAGGCGAAGGCAGUUUUUCAGACGAAAGCCAUUUUUCCGAAAAAUGGUUUUCAGCCGAAAGCCAUUUUUCGGACGAAGGCCGUUUUCAAAGCAAAUACCGUUUUUUAGGCGAAGGUCGUUUUUCAGUCGAAAGCCAUUUUCAGGCGAAGGCCGUUUUUCAGACGAAAGCCAUUUUUCAGGCGAGACCGAUUUUCAGGCGAAGGCAGUUUUUCAGACGAAGGCCGUUUUCAAAGCAAAUACCGUUUUCCAGAUGAAGACCUUUUUUAGGCGAAGGCCGUCUUUCAAGCGAAUAGCAUUUAUAGGCGAAGUUCGUUUUUCGGUCGAAGGCCAUUUUUCGGUCGAAGGCCGUUUUUCAGGCGAGGAGCGUUUUUCAGACGAAUGCAGUUUUUCAGGAGAAGGCCGCUUCUCAAGGCAAAGGCCGUUUUGCAGGCGAAGGCCGUUCCAGGCGAAGGUCGUUUCGCUGAGAACUGUUUUCAAGACGAAGGCCGUUUUAAAGGUGAAGACCGUUUUUCAGGUGAAGGCCGUUUUUCAAGCGAAGAUAAUUUUUCAAGCAAAGGCCGUUUUUCAAGCGAAGGCCGGUUUUCAGGCGAAGACCGUUUAUCAAGCGAAUAUCGUUUUUCAAGCAAAUAUCGUUUUUCAAGCGAAUAUCGUUUUUCAAGCGAAUAUCGGUUUUCAAGCGAAAUAUCGUUUAAGCGAAAGCCGUUUUUCAGGCGGAAGCCGCUUUUCAGACGAAAGCCAUUUUUCAAGCGAAGCCGUUUUUCGGGCGAAAUCCGUUUUCAAAUACAAAUACCGUUUUUCAGACGAAGGCUAUUUUCCAGUCGAAGGCUUUUUUAGGCGAAUGCCUUUUUCAGGCGAAGGCCGUUUUUCAAGUUAUGGCUGUUUGCAGACAAUCGGUCGUUUUUCAGCCGAAGGUCACUUUUCAACCAAGACCGUUUUUCAGGCGAAGGCUGUUUCGCUGCCGAAGGCCGUUUUUCAGGAGAAGGCCCUUUUUCAAACGAAGUCCAUUGAAUUAUUAUUGAAUAUUCGAAUGAUUAUUGAAUAUUCGAAUAACUCGAAAAAUCCGUUUACAGAAAUAGAAUGCUGAUAAUUGACUAAAAAUUGUUCGAUAAGUUUGAAAAAUUCUAUUCGAUUUUUGAAAUCCAACAUCCCUACUUGUACAAUACAUUCAAUAAACUGCUGCAGUGUUAUAAAAAAAAUGUAAGCUUCAAAUAAAUAGUGACAAUUUGGCUCUAAAAACUAACAUUUCUGAUUGGAUGACGUUUGUACAGCCAAUCACCUUGAACAUUAGAGGCAUCUAUUGGAAAACCGUGGAAAUAAAAUUGUUCUGUUGAAAAAAAUAUUGAACAAACGGCAAAAUAUUUCACUAUCAGAGAAUAGCUCAAAUGGUAUGCUGAAACAUAAUGAUUCUAAAGAGUAGAAUAUUUUUAAGCUUAUAUAACAAAAUUUACAAUCUCAAGGUCAUAAAUCACUUUGAUUGGUGAAGUGAACUGAAGAAAGUGAUCUCCUUUUUAUUAAAAGCUUGUAGGUAUGGUUUUCCCGAAUGACAAACUUGUUAAAUUUGCAUUCAUUUUUGCAUAAUUUAGUUUAAAACUUUACCUGAAUCCAUGUUCCCGAUUUUGGGACAACAAAACCGGUGUGUAAGCCUGAAAACUUUUAUAACUCGUAACUUGAAAUCAUAUCAAACGAAACUGUCAAGCAUUUGACCGUCGACGAAAGUCAUCCUUCGAUGAUCUUUCGGGGAAAUAACUCUUUUAAGUAUACAAAAUCAUUCGGUGAAUCGCCAAUCAACUAAAAGACCCAUUCUAUAUUUUAGCUUCAUUGGAAAUGGAACUAUUUUUAAUGAAAUCAAGUUCCUAACUAAAAUAAAAUCGAAAACGAAACUGAAUUACUUUUGUUAUACACGAAAAAACCGGAAGUGAAAGAACCACAGGUUCCAAGCUAAUUUCAGUUAAAUAACGUUAAGCCUAGAAUCGGAAGGCUCCAAACCAGCUAUUUGACAACAGUUAAGUUAGAGCACAGAUAACAGAUAUACAGACUCAAACAAAUUUUUUAAAUCCUGUGUAAAUUUCAAAUUUGUUAUACGUUGGAAACACUACUGUCACCUACUCGACUGUCCGCCGCGAUCAUUCAAAACGUUCCACUACAUUCCGAAACGAUAACAAAAUUCUCCUGCCUGUUAUAGAAAUAUUUCAACUACUAAGUGUUUAAGACAACUUUAUUUCCAUGUCGCAUAAAUCACACGAGAAUUCGAUCGGAAUAAAAAUAAAAAUAAACUUGUCAUUUUAACCAAAACAAAAAUCUAGCGUGAAGUGAAUGUUGCACCCAAAAUUGUAGCUCAUGUGAAAGCGCCACCCAAAUCGUGGUGGAACCUCGUGUCGAUUAUGGUGACAUCUGCAAGUGAUUAGCAAAUUUUACACACAGUUCAUAUGUGAGCCUGUAUAUCUGUUAUCUGUGCUUAUAGACUAGAGUUGAACUUCAAACUUAACUUAUUCUAGUAUUUUAGAUAAUUCUCUUCACGUUUCGUCUUCGAAACAUCAGUGCAUUGGCAGUUCAAAUUGAGUAAUUCAACUUAAAGCAUCAACGUCAGCUUAGCGGUUAAACUGCUAAAUGGCAAACUUCAAUUGCUAAUGCACUGAACCAACCGGAAAGUGGAAAACAAACAUGUGCUUUUUACACAAAAUGGUUACUAGGUAACUGAAAACCACUGAAUGAUAAGUUAAUGAAGUCAUUAAUAAAAUUUGAAUAUCAUAUAAAGCGAACUACUGGAAAACCAACCGAUUAUCGAUAACAUUUUCUACUGUCCGAAUAACUUCCACCCCGCUUCCGUCACACCGGUCGAACCGUCUACCGAAAGAAAACGUUUCGCUAAAUUUGAAAGCACCUAAACACACAAAAAUUGGCGUUAAAAGAUUAUCGCAAUAGCAAAUUUUCCCACACAACCUCCCGCUCAUGAAACGCAAACCGGUUUUCCAUCGAACACGAAUGCAAUGUACAGAUUUUUUCUACGAAUAGAAAACAAUACUAAACCAACCAAACAACCAAAAAAAAAGUCAGAAAAUUAUAGAUAAAUUGAAAUUUAAAUUUAAAAUACAACGUCAAGCUGGUAACGUAAGCGAAUACCACGAAGCGAACGAGAAAGCUAAGCAAAACAAGAAGAGAAAAAAACAAAUCAUAAACAAUCUUUCCAACAGUUGAUUAAUCCUGACUAGCUGACGAGAAGAACUGGUAGAAGAAAGCAAAACCAGAAUACAAAUAGACAUUCAAGGUGUAAAAGAUAUGAGAGUAAAACUAGCUGAUAAGAGAGGAAGAAUGCAGAUAAAUAACACAAAACGAAUGUUAAAUGUUAAUUGAAAAAUACUUUAAUUGAUUGGAUGUAACUCGAGGUGAACACUGAUUUUAAGCACUGUUUUAGAGAAGAAUAACUGAUGGGAUGAAAGUAUUGGAAUAAAAACUGUAUAAAAACAAAACUAACAAUCUGAGUAACAAAGUGAA